AGCCAUACCCAACACUUUGCCCGCUAUAAAAUUCCAACCUUUCUACAGUUCCUACAAUACAGUUCAGUUAAUAUUGCAGUUCUUCGUUGGUCUCCGCCAAUUUUCUAGCUUCUUAUAUAUCCACAAGACGAGUUUUUCUAACAGGUUGUCAGCAGCUCUUUAGCCGAGUACGUACAGUAUGUAAAUACCGGUAGUUGCUGAGGUGAUCAAGGGGGAACCAAAAGACCAGUGUGCUUGUUUUUAGAAACCAACAUGGAGGAUAUCGAUUUCUAUGAAGAUGAGCCUGUAACACCGACCUUUCGCGGCGAAUCAUCCGGAAGCAGCAAAGACAUUACCAUCCUUCUUCUGGGCGAGACCGGCGUGGGAAAAUCAACCUUUAUCAACGCCUUCGCCAAUUAUCUAUGUCAUGAAAAUAUGCAAGACGCAUUGCAGAACGUCAUCUGUCUGAUCCCAUCCUACUUCACGCACUCUGACCCACAGACCUUUAAGACCACUCUAGUGACCCUGGGGAAACCGGACUCUAACGAGAAAACCGGCGGCGAGUCAGGCACCCAGUCACCGAAAUGCUAUACAUUCGAAACCGGCGAAGGCACGGUGCGGCUGAUCGAUACACCCGGCAUCGGCGACACCGACGGCACGAAUAUGCGCAACCUCCUGGCGUUUAUCUCGCAGUACAAGGAAAUCAACGCCAUCUGCAUCCUCCUGAAACCCAACAGCGCCCGCGUCUCCGUCGUCUUUCAGUACUGCAUUUUCGAGCUCUUGAAGAACUUGAACAAGACCGCCAGUCAGAACAUCCUGUUUCUCUUCACCAACUCCCGGAGCACGUUUUACGCGCCCGGCGACACGGCACCCACCCUGACGAAGAUUUUGGACACCAUAAAGAAUCGUCCGCCCCAUGUCAGCAUUCAGUUUGGCCCGCAGAAUGUCUAUUGUUUCGACAACGAAGCCUUCCGCUUCCUGAUGGCCAAAGCCCCGCCCAACAAUCUGCGCUUCUCCGCGGAGAACGAGCGCGAUUACGGCGCGAGCUGGGAGCGCGGCGUGACCACGUGCCAAGCGAUGAUGCGGUACAUCCGCGAACUGCCGCCGCAUCCGGUGGAGGAUAUGAUCUCCGUCAGCAACGCCCGCAUCUCCAUCCAGGCGCUGACACAACCGCUAGCCGAGAUCAGUAUGCAGAUUGCGGAGAGCGUGCGCUUGUGCGAGAUACAGAAAAAGCGUGUUAAGGAAUUCCAAGGCAACAUUGAAGAGCUACGCAAGGAGCUAUUUACGCCGGCGGUGGAUAUCAUCACCACACCGUUAGCGCAUCCGCGCACGGUAUGUGGUCACGCUGACUGCUGCGAGACGGUCAACGUCAACGGUGUCAAGAAAACCCACUAUAAAUCCGUUUGUCAUAAUCACUGCUAUCUUGCCAAUGACGAUAGCAACGUGCUCGGUAAUAAGGGUCUGCUGGAUUGUAAGGCAUUUAAUAAAUACGUCAAUAUAGGAGAAACCGCACGCUAUCGGCCGGACAGCUUCCACCCCGAUAACGAAUUAAGCGUAGGAGAGGAUGGUUUAGUCGAGGGAUUUACUGCGGAACGGGAGAAAUCUGAGAACUGCUUCCAAUGUGGUCAUUCGUAUCAGGUACACUUGCACAUUGAGAGCGUCACCGAGCGGCGUAAUAUUAAGGUGCGCGACGAGGCUAAGCAGUCGCGCAUCAAUUCGGAUGAGGAGAAGAAGAGAGUCCAGGAAGCCAUGGUGCGAGAUCUGGAGAAAACUAUCGCGCAGUGGAAGAAGGAGAACGAGGAAAUCAAUCGUUGCCUGUCGAUCUUUGCCUGCUUUCUCAGCCAUAACGCGCUGACACCGUUCAACGACGCGUAUGAAGACUAUCUGAAGUACCUGAUUGAAAACCACAAGCAGAGUCAUAGCGCGGAGAUUCGUGCCAACGCGCUCCACUUGGAGAAUUCACUGCAGCACUACCGCCAAGAAAAGGAUACCUUUGCCAAAGCGUACGCUCAGAGAAAGAGCGGUGCGGAUAUUUCGGCCAAGGCGGUAACGCAGGCGGUGGAGAGCUUGUUCAAGCUGGAGAAGAGCGGACCGAAGAUCAAGAACUUCCUGGAGCUUAUGAAGGAAGUCAGGAAGGCCGCGCAUGCGGAGCACGCAGAGGUCAAAGUGGAGACCAGUCGCCCUGGUAUCCGGAGCCGAUUGAAACGAUGGAUAUUUGGAUGAGACGAAGGAGGCAGGGAGCAGAUUUGAUUUCUGCUUUUUCUUGGUUUGCUGUCUCGAUUUGCGCACUGUGUCCCAUUACCCCCGUUGAGCACAGCUAGUACUUUGGACGUUUUUAUAAUAAACUUUUUCCUGUCCUCUUGUUAUUUUAUAUUAUUCACUGUACACAGUUUGCUUGUUGGUUCACCAUGUCAGAUUAUCCGCACAAUAACGUGCGCCAUAAGUGUUUUUUUACAUCAGAUUACAUGAUACUGCAUUAGGUUGCCUGUG